AUGGAGGUCUCUGGACUUCACCCAAAACUCUUGCUGUAUGUGCUGCUGCUGUUGACUGAUCACUGUCACAGCUUUAACCACACUGCAGAAGUCGUUGCAGCUUUUCCUCAGAUUGACCCAAACAGACUGCAAUUCUUUGAGUAUGAAUCCAUACAGUUAAACUGUGAGGGUUUUCCUGCCUCAAAUGACUGGAGAGUGAUGCAGGCCAGCUCAUCCAGGACUACUCAGUGGGAACAUUCAAAAAGAUCCUUGAACAUUUAUCCUGCCUUUGCAUCACACAGUGGAGAAUACUGGUGUGAAAAUGAAGAAGGAGAGAAAAGCAACACACUUAGCAUCAACAUCACUGCUGGUGAUGUGAUCCUGGAGAGUCCGACUCUUCCUGUGAUGGAACAACAGACCGUUACUCUGCGGUGUAAAAAACGACAAUCACCCAAAAACUUUGUGGCUGAUUUUUACAAAGAUGGACAUUUCAAAGAAACUGGAUAUAAAGGCACGAUGACCAUUCACAAUGUGUCUUCCUCUGAUGAAGGACUCUACAUGUGCAGGUCUGGAGCUGGUGAAUCACCAGAGAGCCGGCUGGCUGUCACAGGUCAAUGUUUACUCUGUAAGAUACCCAGAGAAGAAACAGUCUAUGAAAACACGAGUGCUGAUCCCAGCAUGAUGCUCUAUGUGAAUGUCCCGAGGGAGGAGAAUGAAAAGAGCCAUCUGGUGGUGAUGGCCUCGGGGGAGGGGGAGGAGGGGGGCACCAAAAGUGAGAAAUGA